AUUUCCAUAGUCAGCUGGAGGAGGAGGGUUCUGGGUUCUCGCCCUGAGCUGCAUGGACAGUGUGCACACCACGGAGUGAACACACAUGCCUCACCUUGCCGGAAGGAUGGGGGCCUCUGAUCUCCCAUGGCUGACCUUGGCCUCUUGCAUUCUGGUCUUGGCAUUGACUGUACAAGGUUACACAAACACCACAGAGGCCAGUCCCUAUGGGCAAGAUCUGGUCUGUGGAAACCCUGGAACCCCAGAAGCUGAGAUCUGUUUUGAUCCCUGCCAGAAUCACACCAUUCUGGAUGAUCCCUCCCGAAGCACAGAGAACACAGAAGGUGUCAAGAUGUGUGACAAAAACUUGAGCGGCUGGUACCGCUUUGUGGGUGAAGGAGGAGAGAGGAUGUCUGAGAGUUGCGUCCCAGUGUACCGAUGCCAGACAGAUGCCCCCAUGUGGUUGAAUGGAGUCCACCCCCUUCUGGGUGAGGGCAUUGUCCAGCGCACUGCUUGUGCCCACUGGAGUGGAAGUUGCUGUUUCUGGAGCACCAACGUGCUGGUGAAGGCCUGCCAGGGUGGGUACCACGUGUACAGGCUGGAAUCCACCCCGACGUGCACGCUGAGAUACUGCACAGAUCCAUCUACCACGCAGAACAGGUGUGAGAAUGCCUGCCGUCCUGAGGAAGAGUGUCGUGUUGAAGAUGGAGUCUGGGGCUGUUUCUGCAGACAGAACCUCACUGGCUCUGAUAUUCAAAAUUUGCAGCCUCAGUUGGACUGUGGGGCCAGUGAGAUCAAGGUGAAGAUGGACAAGUGUUUGCUGGGAAGCCUGGGUUUUGGGGAGGAGGUGUUGGCCUACCUGAAUGAUCACAACUGUAGCAGCAUCUUGGAAAGAGAGGAUGGCAACUGGAUAUCUGUGACCAGCCCUGUCCAGGCUAAUGCCUGUGGGAACAUUCUGGAGAAAAAUGGAACCCAUGCCACCUACAAAAACACACUCUCUUUGGCCAAUGAUUUCAUCAUCAGAGAUCUGCUCAUUAACAUCAAUUUCCAGUGUGCCUACCCCCUGGACAUGAAGGUCAGCCUCGAGACUGCACUUCACCCCAUUAUAAGUUCCCUGAACAUCAGCCUGGGCGGAGAGGGUGAAUUCACAGUGAGGAUGGCCCUCUUCCAAGACCAAAGCUACAGAAGUCCUUAUGAAGGGGAUGUAGUCGUGCUGUCGGUGGAGUCCACACUCUAUGUGGGUGCCAUUUUGGAGAAAGGAGACACCUCUCGGUUUAACCUGUUGUUGAGGAAUUGCUAUGCCACCCCCUCUGAACACAGGGAUGACCCUGUGAAAUACUUCAUCAUCAGAAACAGCUGCCCGAAUCAACAUGAUUCCACUAUCUCUGUGGAGGAGAAUGGGGUGUCUGCAGAGAGCCGGUUCUCAGUACAAAUGUUCAUGUUUGCUGGAAAUUAUGACCUAGUUUACCUGCAUUGUGAGGUUCAUCUCUGUGAUUCCCACAGUGAACAGUGCCAACCUUCUUGCUCAAGAAAUCAACUCCGCAGUGAUGUAUCAGCCCUUGACCUGGCCCAGGUUCUUGAUUUGGGACCCAUCACUAGGAGAGGAGCCCAGGCUCUUGGCGUCAUGAGCGGAGCUCCUAGUAUUGCAGGGUUCCUGGUGGCCUGGCCCAUGCUCCUCCUGCCUGUCCUCCUGGAGUGGCUGUUCUAAAAGCACAGAUGGGUGUCUGGCCUUGAAGUUUGGGUUCUUCACCCCAGCAGUCCCUCCCAUCAUGAGGGAAGAGCUUGCUCCUUCUUUAGUACUCCACACCUUUGUAUUCCAUUUUUCCUCAUGGUGGGGUUCUGUCAGCUUGUCCUGGAUGGCUUUUUCAUUUUCUGAUUCACUAGUAGGAGCUUGAAAGCAAACGUGCUGAGUGCCUCUGUGGCACUGCUCUUCAACAGAAGGCCGUGUUGAUAACUGCAGGCAAGAGGCUUCCAGUGGGCUCACAGAAGAGGCCCAUGAGCCCUCCCCAAGCACUGCCUACCUCAAUGUGGAUGUAUUGAAUGGGCCAAUCCUUACAUUCCCUUUGCCUCCUCUGGUGUGUUUCCUUCCUGGUCUCAACAGUCGGUGUGGGCACAGGGGGGUACUUUGGGAGAUUCUCACAGGGAAGGUGAGUCCUGUUGCUCCUUUGUCCCCCACUCCACCAUAAUGACUCAGGUCUAGAUGUUGGAGGAACUGAUUGACUUUGAGGCAGAGGCCUGUGAAUUCCAGAAAAUAACUCUUAUAGAGUGUUGCACACUUGCUGUGGAGGGGAAAGGAGGGAACCUCAGCAGAAAAAUCAGAAAAUACACUGAUUCUGUUGUGAGACCACAGCAGCAAAAAAUUGGAGAUAGGCAAGAGUCCCUCCCAAAUAGCUGUAGCAAAGAACUUUUAAAGAUUCCAUCAGGAAAGCCUCCCUUUCCCACAUUAUACAUUAUAUCUCUCCAAGCUGACCUCAGGCAAGUGUCAGGAGCCAGGGCAGGACCCAUAUAUCUGCUGGGGGGAGAAUUUGUCAUUUCCUACUUUGCCAGAGAGGGUCUGGUUGCAAGAAAUAGAAACCCACUGAAACUCAGGCAAAAGAGGAGUUAAUUCUAAGCAUGUAAGAUAAAAAAAUCCAAGGGAAAUAAAUACAUCCUGGCUGCCUCAGCACUGGCAAUGGGGCCAGGAAAACCACAGGACACCAAAGUUUGUCUGA